AUGGCUUCCUUGGCACCAGAGAGGGCCCAUCGAAGUAAAAGAGGCCUCCUGGAACUGGCUGGAGUUAUAAAGUGCAGCACAGGGAGACAUGCUCUUGCCUAUAUGAUGUAUGGAUGCUACUGUGGCCUGGGUGGUCAGGGCUGGCCUAGGGAUAAAGCAGACUGGUGCUGUCAUAAACAUGACUGUUGCUAUGAAAAAGCUGAGGAUGCAGGCUGCCAAACAAAGACCGACAAGUACCAGUGGUCAUGUGAGGGAACCGAGACAAACUGCGAAGCUUUGAAGGACAAAUGUGAAAAAAGGCUUUGCAAGUGUGACAAAGAGGCAGCCAGGUGUUUACGAAAAGCACCAUUCAUACCAAAAUAUGCUGUAUGGCCAGACUUCCUUUGUGGACCAGAAUAUCCAACAUGCAGUUAUUACUAA